UCAAUAAGAACUUUUGUUUACCAAUUACUCAGGCAACCGAGGAAAUUAUAAUGAGUGACGAUGAUCGAGAUAUCGACAUUGAGAGCGAUGAAGGUGAUGAUUCCGAUUCUAGACAAAGGCAUUCAAAUAAUACCCAGUAUUAUUCUCAAGCUGAAAAACGGGCACAUCAUAAUGCAUUGGAACGCAAGCGUAGAGAUCACAUUAAAGAUAGUUUCUCAAGCCUUAGAGAUUCUGUACCUGUUUUACAAGGAGAAAAAGUUGCAAGUAGAGCACAAAUACUCAAAAAAGCUGCAGAGUAUAUACAAUUCAUGCGCCGUAAAAAUUCUUCACAUCAACAAGAUAUUGAUGACUUGAAACGUCAAAAUAGUCUUUUAGAAUCUCAAAUUAGGGCACUUGAAAAAGCAAAAAUAACAGGCAAUUUUGCUGCAGAGACUUGUGAAGUCACAAAGUCAGAAGGUGUAGCAAUGCCAGGAUAUAAUGACACAGAAUCUGAAUCAUCAGACAGUGAAACUAGCAGAACCGUACGUCAAUCAAAAAAACUGAAAGUUGGAAGCCUUCAUCAUUGACCAACAGUAAUCCAAUAUUUAUUCUGACAAGAAUUUAUUUUUUCGUUGUAAUUAAAUAUUAUAUAAAUAUUUAUUUCUAAGACACUUGCUCAACCAAAAGAAGCUUUGUAAACCAAAAAGAAAAAAAAUCUUUCAGUAAAGUUCUGAAUGUCUUAGAGCUAGUGUACAAAAUAUCAAAUAAAGAUAUUAUUGUUUCAUUUAAAAAUUAAUGAAACAAUAUAUUAUGAAUUAUUUGAAGCAAUUUUCUAAAAUUUGUAAAAAUUUAGAAUUAUUUUAUUG